AUGGCUUUGGCUAUCGCAAAACAGAUGGACCCGACGCCCGACUUGCUCAUCGUCGAGCUCGCCGCAUUGUUCCACGACGUCGCAGACAAAAAGUACACCAAACCCACCGACCCGACCCUGUCCCAAACCCUCACCCCUCUCCUCUCCCCGCACCUCCCCCAACCCAAAAUCGACUUGAUCCUCUCCAUCAUCCCCUCCGUCUCCUACACCUCCGAGCUCUCCCUCACCCGUGCCACCCCGACCCGAUGGACGUGGCAACAAACAUGCGCGGAGCUGCACGCAGUGCAAGAUGCCGAUCGUCUUGACGCUAUCGGCGCUGUGGGGGUGAUGCGGUGUGCGGCUUACAGUUCGAAUGUGAGGCGAAAGCUGUUGGUGGAUGAUGUGGAUGGGGAGAGUGCGGAGGGGCAUUUUGAGGAAAAGUUGUUGAGGGUGAGGGAUAGGAUGAAGAGUGUUCCGGGGAGGGAGGAGGCGGAGAGGAGGCAUCAGACUAUGCUGGACUUUCUUGCAGCUUUGGAAGGGGAAAGAGAACGUAUGUUAUAG